AUGUUCUUGAGGCACGGGGGAGUGGAGAAAUCCGAGUGGUGGAGGAGACAGGUGGAAAAGAUAUUCAAUGUUUUGCACUGUACAGAUGAACAGACGGUUAGGCUGGGAACCUUCAUGUUGGAAGGGGAUGCCAAGCACUGGUGGGGCUCAGUAAAGCAAUCUUGGGAAGAGUCAGGGACAGUAGCAACUUGGGAGAAUUUUCUGGAAGCAUUUAACGAGAAGUAUUUCCCUGACUCAGUGCGAGAGAUGAAGGAGGUAGAAUUUAUUGAGCUGCAGCAAGGAAGAUUAUCAGUAGAACAGUAUGCGACGAAGUUUGCUGAGCUUUCAUGUUAUGCACCGCACAUCAUCAAUAUGGAGGUGCGAAAGGCAAACAAGUUCGAGAGAGCCCUCAAGCCCAAUAUAAGGGGAAAAAUAAUAUUAGCAAACCUCAAGACCUUCUCCCCUUUAGUAGACCUUGCCAUGAAGAUUGAGAGGGACUGUGAAGAGUCCGAUUAA